AUGGAGCACCCCAAACUGUGGUGCCUUGUGUUUGCGUUGCAAGUCUGCAUUUUGUCAUCGCUUUGUGAAUCAAGCAAACAAACGAUAAAGGACACUAUAUCCAAGGCUGUUCGAGUACAUACUCCAUGUAACUCGGCCAACUGUAGUUGCCAUCUAAAGGUCUUGCAGCAAGACUUGAGUCCCUUUCAUGGAGGAAUCACAGAAGAUUUCAUGGCAUCGACAGUCCAAAGAGGGGUGGGCACCCACUACCAGAUCAUUGGGCAUAAACUGUAUAGGGAACAUAACUGCAUGUUCCCAGCAAGGUGUAGUGGGGUUGAGCAUUUUAUAUUGGAGGUUAUUGACAGAUUACCUGACUUGGAGAUGGUGGUAAAUGUCAGAGAUUAUCCUCAAAUGCCAAACUGGGUGCAGCCAACCUUGCCCGUCCUCUCUUUUAGUAAGACUUCAGACUACCAAGACAUCAUGUACCCAGCGUGGACAUUCUGGGAGGGAGGUCCUGCUGUGUGGCCCAUAUAUCCCACUGGAUUAGGAAGAUGGGAUUUAAUGAGGCAAGACCUCAAAAAAUGUGCAGCUCUGUGGCCAUGGCAGAAGAAAGAGUCCAAAGGAUUCUUCAGAGGUUCUAGGACAAGUCCGGAACGUGACCCUCUUAUCCUCCUUUCCCGGGAAAUGCCAGAGUUGGUGGAUGCAGAAUACACAAAGAACCAAGCCUGGAAGUCUGAAAAGGACACUCUCGGAAGACCACCAGCUAAAGAAAUCCCACUAGUUGACCACUGCAAAUACAAAUAUUUAUUCAACUUCCGGGGAGUGGCAGCCAGCUUUCGUUUCAAACAUUUGUUUCUUUGUGGUUCGCUGGUUUUUCACGUGGGGGACGAAUGGCAAGAGUUUUACUACCCACAGCUCAAGCCCUGGGUCCACUAUGUUCCGGUGAAGCAGGAUCUCUCUGAUGUCAGAGAACUGCUACAGUUUGUCAAAGACAAUGAUGCCAUUGCACAAGAAAUUGCUAUCAGAGGUAUGGCGUUUAUCCUGGAGCACCUGCAAAUGAAAGAUGUUUCGUGUUACUGGGAGCGACUCCUCACAGACUUUAGUCAGCUUCUCACCUACCAACCUAAACGACGGAAAAACUACAGUCAGAUAAUGCAGAAGCCCAGCAAGACUGAGCUAUAA